AUGUCGGGAGAAUCUCUCAAGUUCCUGAUUUUAGAAGCAACGGCAAUGUCAGGCGAACCUUCUGCCACUGGUCUACCACCGCCAUCUCCUGCAACCACCGCUACUGCGAGCUUCGUGGACCGCAAUGAGUUUUUUUCCGAGGGACAGAUAUUCUAUGCAGACGCAUCAUUCAAUGGUUUGUGCCCUAGUUAUUCAAAAGAUACCAGGCUGACCAGGGAUAAAGACUCAGUUGUAGUGAAUGUCCAGACCACGUGUGGGGGAUACGGCUUAAAGCCAAACCGAGAAGAACUGCGCCAAACGUGCCAGCGUCUGUUCAGGAAACCAGAGAAUUUUACCUUUGCCGAGAUGUAUACUGUCAUGAUGCAUUCUUCUCCAGUGCAAACAUUGACUGGACAGUCCGGGAAGUUUUUCUUGAAGUAUAUCAGAGAUCAGCUUCAGAAUCCCAAGUUCUGCAACACUAAGGACGGUAAACUGGCAACUCUUGCAGUCCAACUGCAGGCCCAGGUUUGGGUGAGAUUGAACAACAGUGGUCCUGCACGUCCGGCAACGUUGGAAUACCUGUGGCCUGAGAUGAAGGAAGAUGGUACAGCUCCGGUUACUUGGAUAAUGUCGGGAGUUUUCAAUGGUUACUCAGGAUCAUUUCGGUUAUGUGGGACGCUUGACGAACUCAUCAACUCUCUUGACCAUGAAGAAUAA